AGUGAAUUUCGGAACGCAGCCUUUAUCUCAAUUUCAUAUUUCUCUCGUUCCAACGCAACGAAUGCACUUAGGUGACGUUUCGCAACACAUAUCUAACGUACAGAUAAAAUUUCAUGGAGAUUGGCGAGGAAGUUUGGCUAUUAUAGAAGUUUCAUAUAAUAGAGUAUUUGUAGGAAAAUAAGGAAGAACUCGUUAUUGAGCGCUACCAUGGCACAUGAUUCAGAGUCAGCUCGAAAAAUUAAGAGGCACAAUGUGAAAAAGGCUAUAGCACUUAUAAAAGAGAACAUUGAUAAGAAAAACCAUAGAAUUGCGAAUGAAGUUGCAAGUAAUAACAAAAUUGCUCUUCACUGCAACAGCUCCCAAAAUAGCAAGAAAAAAAGACGGGUGUCAGUCGUCGGAUUUUCGAGAAGUUUGGCACUGUCCGAAAUGCAAAUGUAUAUUGCACGUCAAGACUGGAAGCAUGCACUGAACUUGUUUCCUAGGCUACUUGAAUAUUCUAAUGAUAUAGAGCCUCUAGUGUGGAAGUACGCAUUCAUAAUUUUAUUACACAUGAACGAUCCAUCACAUCUCCGUGACUUUCUUGAGCAAUGUGCUGGUACUCACAGUUCAAAUAGCAGUAUAUUAUUGGAGAGAUUGCUAUUAUUACCACUUCAGGAGAAAAAAUGAUAGAUCUUUUGAAAUAAAAUAUAUUGACAUAUUUAUGAUUACCAACAAUUUUUAUUUAUAAUCCGCUGAUAAUCGCGAUUUUAGAGAGAAAUGAUGUGAUGUUGAUGGUGUGGCGACGAUAAUAAUAGUGAUAUAAUAUAGCAAUAAUAUAACAUUAUAUAUAAUUGCUAUUAACAUAUCGUCGGCCAUAUUAGAAUACAUAACUCACAAAAUUCCAAUUUCCAGGAGAUUUUUUCAAAUAAUGUAAAAUUUGUCUCUCGAUAAGUCUGAUGAAAUGAAGAACUCAAUUUUGUUAAAAAUUUAAGUUAGGUUUUCUAGUUUGGUCGAUAAUACACAAUAUUUUAUAUAUAUAUAUCCCCUUGUAUAUUAUAUAAUAAUAUAAAAUAUAUAUUAUUAUAUACAAUACACACGCAUAUAUAUGUAUAAUAAUAGCUAUUAAUACAUACUAUUUACAAAUAUAUUUUGAUUAUUUGUUCGAACUGUUGAUACUAUCGCGUUGUUACAGAUUUGCUUAAAAAUUACAGUUGCUUAAAAAUUUAUAAAAAAAAAUUCCUUCUCUCUCUCCUACAAUAAAAAAAAUUUUAUUUUUUAGAAAUUUGCAAAGAAAAUGCACUUGCCACAAAUAAGAAUGGUUAUAUUUUGCUUACAAUUUCGAAUGACCUCAUUCAUCAGGUAUAUAUGCUUUUAUACGUGAAAAUCAGUCAGUCAAAGCAGGGCUACUUAAGAAAAUGUUCAAAAUAAUGUCAUUGUGUAUGUCACUAAAUAAAAACUCAGCACUAUAUCUAA